AUGUCGGCGCUUGUCAACGACUGGUACGGUAAUUUUCUCUCACGACGGGUGGUACCAUUACGUCGAGAUUUACCGCCAGACGCCAUUACUGAAGGAUAUGCAGUAGUGAUACGAAAGCUAAGACUGACGAAGCUCUCUCAUACCGCUACCUACCAGAUUUCAUGUUACUUCUUCGAUGCAAAAAGUAGCCAGUUUUUUGGCAGUCCUUAUCGAUCCGUUGAUCGACCUCACACACGAAACGAGUGCAACAUUGAUGAGGACCUAUUUUUCCAUUGUCCACAUCUGGACGAUGCCGUAUAUUUGGUAAUCGAAAUAGUUGAGACCAGCAAAGGCCAAAACCAGUCGAUAACUGUUGCUUGGGGACUGAUCGCAAUCAGCGGCUAUGGAGAAACGAUUCUGGACUACGCUCGAGUGCCACCCGAUUUCGAGUUACAGAGAAUCAAGCUCUAUCCUGGCAGCCCGAAAGUGCUAACGUUCAGUACAAAAUCUUAUGAUGAUUCAACUGCAUCUGGUUCUCUGGAAUGUUCACUUUAUUCCCACACGCGACUCACCACUGCUGUCGACUAUUUCCCGGAAUUUUGUAUAGUAGGAAAUCGUUACGAAAUCCCUGGUCUAAUGAGCAGUGGAAAAGGACCUCAGCUAGCCGAUCCAACUCCAAUGUCGCAAGUAACCUCGACGUUGGACGAGAUUUCGCUUUCGUUCGGACCUCAUGCGGAACGGAUUGAGAAAUUGAUUCUGGACGAUAUCAACACUGAUCGUUUGUAUCGUGAAAAUCAUGCUCCCGCAGUAAGGAUCGAACCGAUGCAAGUAAUCGAACGAAGGCUACGAAUUGGCAUCCAUAAUGGUUUCGCUUUUCUGUCUGAACCGUUGGUGGUUCAUCUUUCAUCCAUCGAUGAGCAGCUACGUGGCACACAUUCGCUUCGUCGGAAAGGUCGACCGUUGAGCCGGAGCAGCAGCGACAUACGAUCUGAGAUAAAUACUUUAUUCGUGAGACCUCGCGUGUCAUUGCCGAAAAUGGCCGACGACGAACGAUUGGUCAUUGUGUUUGCCCUUGAUUACUUAUUGGGCACAAGAGCAGGCGAUAAGGCAAUCCUUAACAGUCAGUCGGUGAUCAUUUGCUGGGGAGCCUGGCAGCCGUUUGCGAAUCGUUCGCAAUUGAAUCUCAAUGGUCACGUCCAAGCCUCAGGUACUCCAACUCGAUAUACUCAAAACAGCAUGAGCCUUUAA